CAACUGAUAUACACCCACCGCGGACUUCGUCGCCGGCAGUCCGCUAUCCAGCGGCCCCGUGAGAUGACGUGGGGUGCAAGUGAUUCGCGAGGCUUUUGGAGACGAGGGUAUGCGCCUCCGCGUUAGGAGAAGUCUCCCUCGUCGGAGGAUCAAUAAUAAUGAGGACGUAACGUCGUGUGGACGACGUAGCCUAAGUCUCGCAGGGACUUAGGCGCGAAUGUAACUCGCGCGUUGAGUCACGUAUGCGGCGGGUAUAGAGACAGUGUCGGUAUAUAAGCGAACGUGGCUCGUGUAAGUGCUGCAGCCCGGGCAGCGACUGAGUGAUGGCGAGCUUAUCUCGCGUGUAUAUGCUGCGUCUCUGGCAGCGGCUAAGUCCUGAGUGGACGAGAAGGCAAGCGUGACUCGCGCGUAUAUGCUGCGUCCCUGGCAGCAGAGCUUCGACAGAAACCUACGACGACUUGCGCGGAGUCGUGAGCCCGACAGUACAGCGUGCUGUCGACCUGAUACGCGCUGUCUGCGAUACGGGAGAUGUCGCGAAGAGAGACGUCCACCGCGGUGAAAGCGUCAAGGUAAUCCGAAGUGGUCGCGCGAAGCCUUCUCUCAAUCCUUGAUUGUAUUGAGAAGGUGGAGAUCCGUGGAGUUACCAUACACUUCGUAACGUAAAUGCCAACGUGUCCUCGGACACUCUAGAGGCAAUAGCCCAACAUGCAAACGCACUCUAAAGGGCUGCGGGGAGUGGUGUAGAAUCACCGAAGACCUGAACAUAAAAUGCCAACGUGUCUGCAACACUUAAGGCAAUGGAGCUUAGUGCAGAGAUGCAAGUAUACCUUUGGUGAGGCAAAUGCCCAACGUGCUUGCGCACUCAUGAAGGCAAUAUGAAGCUAAAUAGAGUACAAAAGAAUACCUCAGCGAGACAGGGACCAGAUGCGCUAACGCAGUCAGAAGGCUUAGAGUUGUCGCCUGCGGCUUAUAUAGGCGCCGCACCGAAAUUUAACUGCGAGCGAUGGCCCCGGCUCGGCGCGCUGCCGCAUAGCGGCGGCGGGCGGCAGUCGCCCGCGAGCGGAACGCGCAUGGCGCACGGCCGUCCGCCGCCCGCUAUCCGUGCAGACGACAGCUUCCGUACGGAACAGUGUGUAAUCUAUUUUGUGAAAUGACAAUGACAGAUCACGAAGAAUUUUUUGCUUACACUUGAUUUUGGCCGGAACAAUAUCAACUUCUACUAAAGCUAGUAACUCCAUAUUUAAGAAAACGUAGCAUUCGUAAAUCUUUGUCACCCAAUUCACAAUUGGCCAUUACCUUAACGUAAGUAGCUAUCAUUCUUUCUUUUUACAGUAAUUGAUAGUAAUUUUAACUAAAUUAACAUUCUGUUUAAUUGCCUCUUUCCUAUUUUUUUUCUAGGCAUCUUGCCCAAGGCGAUACUGUGCGCAGUAAACAUUUGGAAUACCGUUGUGAAAAAUCAACAGUGCACAAAAUUAUACCAGAAGUUUGCAACGCCAUAUGGCUUGCUCUUCAACCGAUUGUUUUACCCACAUUAAAUAGUGAAGAUUGGAAGGAAAUAAGCAAAAACUAUUUUCUCAAAUGGCAAUUCUCAAUUGGCAAUUGCAUUGGGGCACUUGAUGAUUGCCAUAUGGAAAUACAAGCACCACCAUGUUCAGGAUCUGAAUUCUAUAAUUAUAAAGGAUAUUUUAGCAUCGUUCUCAUGGCGAUGUGUGAUGCUAAUUACAAGUUUACGUGGGUUGAUAUUGGCCAAUAUAAUUUAAUAAGUGAUGGUGGUGUAUGGAGUACGACAGAUUUGGCAGUUGAUUUGGAAAAUAGUACAGUAAACUUACCAGAACCUACACCUUUACCAAACAGAGAUGUUCCGUUCCCUUAUGUUGCUGUGGCUAAUAAAGCAUUUCCCCUAAAACCAUAUCUGAUGCGUCCUUUCCCAAGAAGAGUUGGCAGGAUGAUAGACGAAGAGCGAAUAUUUAAUUAUCGAUUAGGGCGAGCAAGAUUAUGUAUAGAGAAUGCGUUUGGAAUUCUUAGCUCUCGAUGGAGAAUCCUACAUAGAAACAUGUGUUGCUCAGUACAAAAUGCAGAAAGGAUUUGUAAAGCACUUAUUUGUUUACACAAUUUUGCAAUGAACUGUAAUGAUAGCAAAUAUUGUCAGCUUGACUGGUGUGAUGUAGAGACUGAUGAAGGAAUAAUAAUAGAAGGUCGAUGGCGUACUAUAGGAGCCGGUCAAUACUUUAAAGAACUGUCGCGAGUAGGAGCUAACAGAGCUGGUGCUAUUUCUUAAUGUUUAAGAAAUUAUUUAAGAGAUUAUUUUAUAUCACCUACUGGUAAUGCUCAAGCACCUUGGCAAUUUCAAAGAGCAUUAAGGGGAUAUAAUAUAAAUCUACCUGGUUAGACAUUUACAAUAGUCCUCACAAUUACUAUUCAAUUUUGUAAUUGUGAAGAUUAUAGUGUAUAUGAUUAUGUAUCAUAUGUGUACAAUUUGUCAAAUGUAAAAUAAAAGAUAUAAAAAUAAAAUAAGUUUCUUUGUUAUCAAUAUUAAUUAAAGCAAUAAAUCAAUAUAACAUAUUGAAAUAUUAUAUUUGUUAUUAAACAAUUUUCUUCUCACAAAUUAUAAGCAAAGCAACUUCUCACAAAGCAACUUUUUUAUAAAUAUUAAAUAUAAAACAUAAAUUAACACUUUUUAGGAACACAUGUGCGAGUUGUGUUAUUAUAUUACUAAAACUUUGGUAAAGUCAUAAUGCACUACAUAUAAAUUGCACUCUCAUUUUGGCCAGAGUACCAAUUAGCAAACAAAGACACUUAACAUUUAGAUUUAUAAUACAAAAAAAUACUCAAUUUUUGUAAUUAAUGUGUUGUCUCACUAACUGCAUAAUAUCAAUUAGGCAAUCGGGCAUUCCGCGCUGAUGCGCGAGUAAGUGAGGCGCCGCCCUCCUCCUGCGGCGUCUCACCCCAUAAUUGUUUAGGUUCAGGUACUUUCUGCAAAGCAAAAUCUAUAGAACUUAACAUAGCUUUUAUAUCCUGAAAAAAUGAACUUAGAAAUUCUGUAGCAUGAGGUGUAACAGAAGCAGGUUCUGAAGUACAUGUUAACAAUGCAUCCCCUACUUUUUGUGCUAAAAUAUUCAAAUGGUUUGAUUCCUGAAGUAUCGUUUUCUUAAAGGUAUCUACUUUUCGUUUCUUGCUUUGAGCAAAUAAAUCUGGUUCUGGAACACUCUUUUUACAAACACUUGUUCUAUUUUUUUUUGCAGAUGACGUAUUUCUUUGCUUAUU